UAAUUGCCAGUUAUUCAAUACAACCUGAACAAUCAUGAGCUUCGCAGACAAAGUGGUUAUAGUGACUGGCGCCAGUUCUGGCAUCGGCGCGGCCGCUGCGGUGCUGUUCGCCAGAGAAGGCGCCCGCGUGGUAAUGGUGGGCAGGAACCAGAGCAAGCUGAGCAAGGUCGCCGAACAGUGCGCCCGCGGCGGACAAGCACCGCUCGUCAUCAGAGCUGAUGUCGCUAAUGAUAACGAUGUCAAGAGAAUUGUCGAUGAAACUAUCAAUAAGUUUGGAAAGAUUGACGUCUUGGUCAACAACGCUGGAUUAAGUGUAUUUAGCAGUAUUUUAAGUGGUGAUAUAUUAAAAGCAUACGACGAAACCAUGGCAGUGAAUCUACGUGCGGUCGUUCACCUUACCGCUUUAGCUGCACCUCACCUUGUUAAAACUAAAGGUAAUAUUGUAAACAUAUCCAGUAUAGCGGGAAAGAUGCCGCCUUUUGAAACAUUUAUACCUUAUAAUAUUUCGAAAGCCGCAUUGGAUCAUUUCACUCGUGGUGCUGCUCUGGAGUUGGCAUCUUCAGGUGUAAGAGUGAACGGAAUCAGUCCAGGACCGGUGGUGACAGAUUUUUUCGACAAUAAUGAAGUCGGCAAGUUAGGACUAUCAUUUGACACCAUGGGUGCCUCCGUGCCACUUAAUAGGUGUUCUCAACCUGAAGAGAUUGCUGAAUUAAUUCUAUAUUUGGCAAGUGACAAGGCAAAAGGUAUCACGGGAUCCGAUUUUGUUUCCGACAAUGGUGGCCUGUUACAAUUCAAAUUGCAACCAAAGUAAACUAAAAUUAUGUAUAUAUUCAUGUAAUUAUUAACGGGUGCUUGUAUAUUAGGGUUUUCUAAGCACUUAUUACAGUAAUUAAUUCAAUAAAUAACAUUUACUGUGA